GGGAGCUGUCCGCGGGCCGGGCUCUGGAGGUCGCAGUCGUUCCGUCAUGGGGAUCCAGCCGAGCCCAGUACUGCUGGCCUCCCUGGGGGUGGGGCUGCUGACUCUGCUUGGCAUAGCUCUGGGCUCCUACCUAAUUCGGAGGUCCCGCCGGCCUAGGAUCACUCUCCUAGAUCCCAAUGAGAAGUACCUCCUGCGACUACUAGACAAGACGACUGUGAGCCACAACACCAAGAAGUUCCGCUUUGCCCUCCCCACUGCCCACCACAUUCUGGGGCUGCCUGUGGGCAAACAUGUCUACCUCUCUGCCCGAAUUGAUGGCUGCCUAGUCAUCAGGCCAUAUACUCCUGUUACCAGUGAUGAGGACCAAGGCUACGUGGACCUUGUCAUCAAGGUGUACCUGAAGGGAGUGCAUCCCAAAUUUCCUGAGGGAGGGAAGAUGUCUCAGUACCUGAAUAGCCUGAAGAUUGGGGACAUGGUAGAGUUUCGGGGGCCAAGUGGGUUGCUCACUUAUACUGGGAAAGGGAAUUUUAACAUUCAGCCGAGUAAGAAAUCUCCUCCAGAACCCCGAAUGGCAAAGAAAUUGGGAAUGAUUGCCGGCGGGACAGGGAUCACCCCAAUGCUUCAACUGAUUCGUGCGAUCCUGAAAGACCCUGAAGAUCCAACCCAGUGCUUUCUGCUUUUUGCCAACCAGACUGAAAAGGACAUAAUCUUACGAGAGGACUUGGAAGAACUGCAGGCUCAGCAUCCUAAUCGCUUUAAGCUCUGGUUCACUGUGGAUCAGCCCCCACAAGAUUGGGCCUACAGCAAGGGCUUUGUGACUGCCAAUAUGAUCCAGGAGCACCUGCCUGCCCCAGGGGAUGAUGUGCUGCUGCUGCUCUGUGGGCCACCCCCAAUGGUACAGCUGGCCUGCCAUCCCAACUUGGACAAACUGGGCUACUCACAAAAGAUGCGGUUUACCUACUGAGCAUACCUAAGCUUUCCUGGUGCUGUUCCCUGCAGUUGUCCCCAGUCAUUACUAAACACUAUGAGCCCUCGCUUUGUCUCCUGAUAGCAUCAGCUUUUUGUGUCUUACUCUGAAGCCAAAAUCUGUAUGGUACCUGCAGGAACACAUCCUUGUAGCCCAUGGAAGAGAGCCAAGGCUGAGUAAUUUCCUAGAAGGCCCCCAAAUUAACCCAUGAUAAAAGGUCCAGGCCACGAAGCAAUCUCUUCCCUGGGCUCAGGAAGAAGGGAGCAUGUAUAUCUGUUCCAAGACUAGCUAGUUCCUUGACAGCAUCCCAUCCUCACCUCUGUGUCUGUGAUGAAAGGAACAGCCUGUGCAAUGGAUUUUACUUAAUAUUUGGUGCUUAACCCAUGGGCAGAUCCUUUAUGUGUGAGUGCAAGUUGAACAGACUACAGAGGUAGUGAGAUUACAGGAAAGGAGGUAAUGGUGUCUUCAGACCUCCAGCCCUCAGAGAAAGGAGUCUGAGAUAAGUAUUUGUGUCUGUCUCUCUGCCCCUGCCCAGAAGGGAAGAAAGUGGCUACCCACAGUCUAAGACUGUUGUUUGUGGCAGGAACCACUGGCUAUGCAAAUAAAUGGGGCUGAGGCCCCUGUGAUAUGUAAGGGGUUGUUGUAUCUGGCUUCCAUGUUUCCAAGGCUUUUCAUGCUUAAGAACUUUGGGAAGAAGGGUUUUCCAGCACAGAAUUUCUCUCAGGUCUUCCAAAGAGCCUUUGAGCAGUUGUACUAUGUGCUGAAAUGUGACCUGUCACCAAACUCAGUGAUCAUCUCAGCAGCUGUCUCACCAGAGCCAGAGCUCAGGUUUCCAUGGAGACUUUUGAGGUGGGAGGAGGGGAAUACACAUAUUAAAGGGGACCCUUUCUGAGCCUUGGUACCCCUCACAGUGGUCCUCUGGUUUGGCCACUCUUCCCAUUCUUUCUUCUCUUCACUCUCUCAUCACCAUAUUUAUCCUUCAAGGUGCCUGACAAAUAAAUGAAAGUAUUACCUUUCUGUUUGGAAGAGAAGCCUUCUCCUUUAAAAAGUAACCUGACCUCACCAGUCCCAGCCAGGCUUGUUGGUGCCUGAGCAAAGUUGGCCUCUCCCAGGCCCAUCUGUCCUGAGUGUCCUCUGCUACAACGGCAUGACUCAAUCCACUCCCUUAUCCCAGGUUAGGACUAGAGCAGCCCCUUCAGAUUCUUCCAUGUUAGACUCAUUGGGACAAAACAGUGCAUUGGGCUCCAGAGAAAGGUGGACAUUGUUUUUCUGCAUGUAACUGUGUGUUACUUUUUACUGGGUUCCCUGAAAGAAUGGCAUGUGGACUCAGGAUUAGCCCCUCCACAAGAGCCCAGGGAAAUCCAACCACAGGUCUUCAGUAAAUACUGUUGAUGAUAUUCCAUCAAACAUUUCUUGAUUAGUUUCUAUAUUUAUCACACCAUACUCUGUAAGACAUAGUCCUGGUUACCUUACCUCCUUAGGAUUAUGGGAUGCAUAUAGAGGGACAGCCCAGGAAAAAAAAUUUCUCAUAUAGAAGCUCACCAUUCCUUACCUUACAUGGUUUUCUGUCUCACCCACAGUGUUCAUACAAAUAUUUAUGUGCCAAGUCCUGUGAUAGGCCCUGAAGAUACAGUCAUGACUUUGGGGGCCUAAGACUCCCAAAGAACUCUGAGUAAGAUAGGCACAUAACAAAUAAUUACAGCAGUCUGAUGAAUACUAUCUGUAAUAGAGAUAAAUACAAGGUGCAGAUGAGGAUUUUGAAAGGGGUUGGGAAAGAUUCAGAGAUGGAGGAAGAGGAGAAAGGUAAUUAACAUUUUUUAACAGUCAGGUAUUACAUACUGUACUAUGUACCCUAUCUACAGUUUGAACCAAGGAUUAAGGAUUUGCCAAAGGGCAUACAGCUGGUCAGUGGCUGGCAGAGUCUGAAUGUGAACCUAGUAUUGUUAAAGUCAAAAAUCAAACCUAGUACUGGACAUUGUGAGUUGCUUGGAUCUUAGGGCAGAGAACGGGUGAAAGUGCAGUCCAACAGAAGGAUCACUAUGUGCAGAAGCCUGGAGGAAUGAAAGAUAGGUUCGUGUUUGGAGAAAUAGAAGUUCAUUCUGGCCAAGAUGCAAGAGGGAAAGUGGAGAAAGAUGAGCCUGAGUAGGUUGGAGCCAGUUUGUAAAGGUCCUUGUAAGGCCAUGCCGGAAUAAGCUUGAACUCAAUCCUGUGGACAAUGGGAAGGUUUUGAGAGUUUUAUACAGUGGGUCAACACAAUAAUAGCUAAUAUUUAUGAAGCAUUUAUUAUGUGCCAGGCAUACUAAGAGCCUCCAUGAAUUAUGUCAUUUAAUCCUGACAAAGAUCCUAUGAAAUAAAACUUUAUUCCCACUUGUCA